AUGACUCAGGUAAGGGCCAUCGGAUGCGUAGGAUCGCCGUUACCUCUCCGUUGGGCGGUCAAGCUAGGCGUAGCUCGCAGUCCCAUUUGGCUCUCCAGCACAUUGACUGGCGAGAAGAAGGACGCGAGACGAGAACGCUCACGAUGGGAUCCACCUGGUCCGCAAAACGAUAGCAUAUGA